AUGGCGAUCGUAGUUGGUAAUUCAAAAACAGAAUAUGCAAUGAAUAUCCAUGGUGAGGGUAAAGAUGUUAAAAUGAAUAUUGGUGAUACAGCUAUAAAAGCGUCAACUGAUACUGCUGCUCAGGAAGUAAUCAAUAAGGUUGGCAAAACUGCUGGUAAAAUCAUCGAAAGUGGUGGCGAUGUCAUUACUGCCCCAGCACUUUGGUUGAAAGAUAUGCAAAAAAAUUGGCUUACGUACAUGAUCCUUGCAGCAAUUAUUCUCAUGGAUAUUAAUGAAGACAUACAAGAAUUAGAAGAAGAAGAAGAAGAAAAUAUAUCUCCAAUAAUUCAAAUAUUUGAAUGUCUUACAUUUGAACGAGGUCAUCAAAUACAUGAUCAAGUAACAUCCAUGAUUGAUUUAUUUUCAUUAUCAAAUGUAACAUUAGAUAUGUUAGAUACAUUAAUUCAAUGUGUUAAAAUUGUUUUUAUUCAUCAACAUACAAAUAAAAAUAUGCAAAUAUUAGAUUUUUUAAUUACAUUAACAUAUGUUACACAUAUUAAUUACAAAAAUAAUAAAAAUUUAUCACUUAUUUUUGAUGCUCUUAUUGAUAUAUAUUUACUCAGUCAAAUUCGUUAUACAACAUUUUAUAUUUUAAAUAAACUUCAAUCAUUUAUUGAUCUAUCUCGAUCACCUAAUAUACCUGAUCAAUUUGAACAAUAUUUAUUAGAAUUACUUAAUAAUGAAACAACAUUUCUUGUUCUUGACGAAAUUACACUAUUAGCUGCUAAAUUUCAAUAUAAAAAUCAUCAAUUUAUUGAUGCUUUUCUUUGUAGAAUCAAUUCACCAAAAUGGUUUUCAUAUUUAGAUCGACGACGUCAAAUUGUAUCAUUACUUGAAUAUUCAUCUUCUUCUUUGAAUUUUCUUCUUUCAACAAUUAAAAUUGAUAAUGAUUUGUCACAGUUAGCUUUCGAAAGUUUAUUAGCUGAUGAACGAGGUUUUACAUUUGAUAAAUUAGAUUUUCAUGGUCGAUUAAUAAUAUUUCAAAUUGCUAGUAAAUCUCGUGAUUUAUCACAUCUUAUUUUUACUCAAUGGAUUAGUCCCAGUAGAUAUGAACUUGUUGAUAUUCUUCGAUUAUGUAAAAUAUCAAAUUUAAAUGAAAAUAAGAAAAAUAAUAAUAGUUUACAUAUUGAAACAUGUUUACGAUAUUUUCUUGAUGAUAAUAAUAUUCGUCGAAUUAUUAUUAAUAAUACAAAAAAUAGUCCUUGGUACAAACAACGUAUUUUAUGUCAAUUAAUGAAUGAAGAAGAUGAUGAUACAAAUAUUCAUCUUGAUUUUCAUGAAUUUAUUUCAUAUUUUUAUCGUUCAAUUAAAUUAUCUGUUAAUAAAAAUUUAUCUUCAAUAGAAGAAUUUAUUAUUUGUCAAUAUGCAUCAAUACUUUCAACAUUUGAUAUGCUUGAUAUAUAUCGUCGUAAAUGUAUUGAAGCUAUAGGUCGUUGUAUACUUGUACAUUUUGGACAAUAUGAAAUAAUAAUUGAACGAGCAUUUCAACUUAUUCAUCGUAUCCAUCCAUCAAUAGAUACAAUUAAUGAACGAUAUCAAUUAAUAACAUAUACAUUAAAUGAUAUUUAUUAUUCAACGUUGUCAAAAUGA